GAUACGGAUAAUAUUCAUUUGAAACGGAUGCAGAUAUUUCCACUUUAAACGGAUACGGAUGCGAACUGUAGUUUUUGCCAAAUGGGUGGAAUCAUCAGGCACCAGAGACGAGCUCGACACGGUCUCCAUCUACGGUUCUUUUAUUCGCGACGGACGACGGAAAAUCCAAACGGAGAGUUAACCGACGGCGAGGCUGAGAGAACGCCGGUGCAGACAAGAAGGCCGAGAAAGAUCAGUUCGGUGAUCCAUGUAGCCGUCCAUGCCAGCUUCCGCUUCUAAUCAUUUGACUUUGAUGUAGCAAGAUACAGACCCCUGUAAAAGAUCACGGAGGUUGUUUCAGCAUGCAGGUUUCUUGCAGUAUGGUUACUAAUAUUCUAUCAUAUGGAUGUCCUGCAACCUAUACACUUUUAUCCCAUGAAUACUCCAGAUCCAGCAUAGUAGUCGUUUGCCUUGAGAGACCUUCAUAUUCACUCAUUAGAACACUGCAUUUUCAGUUAUCAUGUUCUGCCAGUAACUGGGGGCGACCUACUUUAAUAAAAAAGAGGAAGGCAUGGUCGGUUAGAAGCAAUGUGGAUAGCAGCAGAGGAUUGGGUUCUUCUUUCACCGGUGACAGCAGCAACACAACACGGCUUAUUAGGGCCAUUAAAGCUCUUCGAGUCAAACUGAACGAAAGAAUAAUGGGAUUGAGGACAAAUCUUCCCAUGAAGUUGCUACUUCUGUUAAUUGGCUUUUAUUCUGCAACGGCGUUCGCCACCGUAAUUGGGCAGACUGGUGAUUGGGAUGUUCUUUCUGCUGUAUUGGCAGUGACUGUGGUGGAGGGCAUUGGGGCUCUCAUGUACAAAACAUUCUUUCCUUUUGUUCAAAAGAUGAAGAACUUCAUCACCAUGCUUAAUUACUGGAAGACCGGGCUCACUCUUGGUCUUUUCUUGGACUCAUUCAAGUAUUAGGUGGGAAUAGGAUCGAGGUACGAGAUUGUGUGCAUGAGCAAUGGUAUUCUUGAGAACAAACACUCUAAAAGAUCUAAUGAAAUGCUUUCUCCCUCUAUUUGGGUUCUUCCCGUGCAUAUUAUGCUCUCUUGAAUAUUGUUUGUGUACCCACAUGUCCUCUAAACGAAUGGUUGAGCUGUAUAAAUCUAAGCAUUUCCUACUUAUCAUGUCAUCACACAUUUGAUGGGUUUCCAGGUAUUGAUAACUUCCUUUACUGCUCUCUCGUCUAGCAGCAGAGACCACUUACAUAUCGAAAGAUUUGAGCAGUCAGCAGGAAAUCCUAUA